CAUGCACACACGCGCGCGCGCGCACUCUCGCGGAUACUCAUAAACGUAUGCGGGUACACUCAUUUGCAGAACGAUUUGGACACUUCUCUCUUGGCGCAUGCGGAAGCUAGCGGACGUCCAAUUGGAGAAUUUGUUUUCGAGUGAUUCUCAGGUGAUAUGUUUUCUUAUUGGACGUCGGGCGCGCUCGAAAUGCAUCGGCAAACAAGUGUUCAAACCGUGCGGGGAAUGAGUGUACACGAGUGCGCACGCGCAUAUCGCGCAAAGAAUGUACGUACGUACAUAUAUAUACAUAUUGCAAUGUGCAGCAUGUUUAUGUGCAUACGCGCGCGCAUAUGCAUGCAGAUACGUAACGCACACUCGUUCCGUCACACAUGCGCACUACGGCGGAGACACGCCAUCAGCGCGACGCACGUGUGACCGGCCGAGAGAGCGCGUUAGUGUGUUAGUGAGGCGCAGACCGGGGCCGGGAUUGGUCGAAGGGAACGCGUGCCGCUCUACGGCUAUCCCGUGCUUCGUACUUCCGCCGCCGUGUGCCGGAGAGCGCGCGGCGAGCUGCGCAGUGCGCUCCCCACCGCGUGCGCGUAGUGUGUAACCCCCGCGCGCCGUCCGCCAUCUUUGUCAAGUGGGUAACCUUUGUUGAUUUGUGUGAAAUGUGACGCCGUUGUCGCGCGAGAUAAUUGGUGAUCGUGAUUACGCGUUCCGUGUGUCGUUGAUAGCCGGUGAUACGUGCCACCGUCGUGCUUGUGGAUUUACCUGUCGAUGGAGCCGUUGCGACCAGCUGCGAGAGAAAAUAGUCGUUGUAGAAACGAAUAAGGCUUUUCGCAGUGUAUUGAGAGUGAACCAUUGAAGAACAUUCCGGACUGCCGGCGGAGAUUUGGCGGGAAGCCGCCUAGUACGUCCUCUAUAACAGAAGCAUGAGCAGCGCUUGCUUUCCAGAAUAGAAUGAACACGUGGUGCGAAAAUACGGUGGCGAGGGUUUAGAACGAGAAGCCGGUUUAACUGGGCGCUGCGCAGUCUCUUUUUUCCUGCCUCUUCGGCGUGCGCUGGCACUCAAGGCGCCGGCAUAUUUAUUAUCACUGGCCUAGGUCAACUCGUAUCACAAGGGUCAGCGCAAUAGCCGGCGCGAAAGAGGAGAGACGGCAGCGACAACGCAAGCGAGGGCGAGGAUUUCUCGAAGCCAGGCUUCGGAAUCGCGAGAGAAGCAGGAUGUAAACGUCGCGGUCGGUGAACGUGACGUUUACCCGGUGAAGAGAGGAGGGCACUAGCCGUGACUUCGUCGACGCUGUCGCGUCGUCCGCGGCUCGGCCACGGAGGACGGGGGACACGAUGGACGACCCGGAGACGACCGACACUUGGUCGGGUUGGUUUCUCGAUGCGAUACGGAAGAUACGUACUCAGAAGCAACGGCCAAGCGUGGAGCGGAUAUGCCACGCGAUACGCCAGCACCACAACUAUCACGAGGAGGAGAUCGCCGAACACCUGGAAAUCGCCGUGAAGCGUGGCGACGUGCUCAAAAUAUUUAAUAAGGGACAGUCCUCGUACAAGGACCCGUGCGUGUUGCAGUCAAGGCCGCUCAGAGUCACCAAGUCCGUGGACCUCAGCAAGGUCUUGAGUAAGGCCGUGCGCGAGCUCGGCGAACGCGAGGGUUCUAGUCUCAAGAGCAUCGAGAAAUUCAUCAGACAGAGCCACACUGUUGAGGAAGAUGUCGAUGGCGACCUUAGAGCUGCACUCAGGCUGUCUGCGAAGCGCGCGGUCGAACGGGGUCUCGUGCUUCAAGAGGGAAGACUGUUCCGGCAAUCCGACCGACCGCCGCACCUCAAGAAGUACAACGAUAGCGCUCAUACGCCGCCGGAGCCGCCCGUGCCCAAGCUACCGGCACCGCUGCCGAUCUGUCGGGAGUGCCUUGGCGCUACGAUGGCCGGCAACAACAACACCACCAAGCGCAACUCCAACGAGAAGUUGAGCAGGUGUAGCAUCUGCGGUGCCGCCCUGCACAAUUCGUGCGCGCCGCCCGAACUCUCGGUGCUUGUCGAACGGGGGAUAAUCUGGUCCUGCGACGAUUGCUCGCCAACUUGCUCCGGUUGUCAGCUGGAGCGGGAGUCGCAGAAUUAUUUGGUCAAGUGCGCCGGCUGCGUCAAGUGUUACCAUCCUAGCUGUCUGGACCCCAGCCUUGACAAGAAAAACCGGGCACCCUGGAGAUGUCGGCACUGUUUAACAGCGCACACACCGGUUGGCAAAGACGACGGUAAGAAGAACAGAGCGCAGGAUUCAGCCGACGACGACACGACAAACAGCGCGAGGAAGAGGCUGAAAUUGCGGGAGAAUCGAAAAUCAAUGGUAUCCAGAGAAUACAUGGCGAGUACGUAUCCGGUCAAGAAAGGCAGUGCGUGUGUGGCUCAGGUGGACAGCAGCUCGGACGGUAAUGCGGGUGUUGUCUCCCCUCGUCAACCACCUUUGAUUUCCUCUCCUUUACCACAACCCCCCACCCCACUCGCAGGCCAGGGUAGGCUACUCGAGGAAAAGAACGACAGGAUCUCCAAAGAGAAGCAAAAGUUCUUUAGAUUGAGCGCAUUUAACGCUGAACACAGUAAAUUGAAGCGGGUGGGGGGCGGUGAUAAAUCGAGACCCUCGCGGAACGUUAGCGCUAGGUCGACUCGGGGUACUGCGGAUCCGAAAAAGCUUGGAAUGUCGCGAGUGUCUAGCAGCAGCAGUGCCGGCGAAGGCAGCAGCAGUAGUGAGGCUGAUAACAGCAGUGAGAGCUCGGAAGGCAGUGAUAGUAGCGACGACGACGACGACGACGACGACGACGACGACGACGACGACGACGACGACGACGACGACGAGGACGACGAUGAGGAGGGCAAUAGCUCGAGUGAGAGCAGCGGCGAUACUUGUUCAUCGUCGGACGAAGCGCAACACGAUAGAAUCGAGUCUCCUAAGACGAAAGUGCCGUUCGCCUGCGAUCUCAGCGAGGACAAGCCGUGGGGCUUCGCUGCUGCCGCUGCCAAACUGAACGUAGAGUCGCCUUUCUUCAGCAAUAUCACCAACACCUUCGGCGCUUCAUUACCCAAGCUUGACGUGAGCGACACGCCAACUUUCGGCUUGCAUAUACAGCCCGCAGCCGUCAAUACGCCAGACAGUAAAAAGAAACAACUGAAAUGCAAUACCGCCGUGCAAUCACCAAGCGUCGCACUCGUGAGCGCCGAUAACAAAGUGAAACCUGGGAGUGGUCAGUUGAGAAGCCUCUUCGACGGUUUGAGUCACUUUUUUUCAGCACCUAGCAGAGCGAGAUCGGCGGGUGUGCCGGCGCCGAAUUACGCGCCGGAUAGGAGGAAAAGGCCUAACGCCGAAGAUACCGAGGCGAAAACUAAUCGAGUUUCCUCUCGGACUGGUAAUAACCAGCGAAACAAGCCGGACGAUUCGCCUAGUAAGUCGAAAGAACGGAAAAAGACCGAAGUCGUCGAGACUACGUCGAGAGUACCGAAACCCGGUAUCUUCGUUCCUUCUGACGAGAGCCUGUACUCCUCACUGAAUGAAAAAGUACCGAAAAUGACUCCCUCGAAUCUGGUGAAGACCGCGGUGAACAGUAAGAGGCACGAGCAUGAGAGGAGAAAGUUGAUGAAAGAUGACGCAUCGUCGCUCAUUAAAUGCGCCGCGACAGCGGCUCCCUCGUCACCGUCAUCCUCAUCGUCGAGACACGAGCAACAGCAGCAGCAGCAGCAGCAGCAGCAGUCGCGAAAGAAGCAUACAGCUGCGGACACAAGUCAGACACGCCACCCUGUGCCCGCAUCCGUUGCGAAAUCCGGCCUCAGUUCCGAUUCCGUCAAAUCAAGUCCCAAUCCAAAGUCCAAUCCACGAACCUAUACUAGCGCCACCACCACCAACACCACCACGACACCCCGCGCGACACCCUGCUCCACCAGGAAGGACGAGCCCGUCGUCCCGCAGUCUUUGCCACCGGGCGUCACGCCGAAGGACGUGGAUCUCUUCAGGGAUGCGCGCGACAAAGCGGCCCGAUUAACCGUCAGCAGCGACGAGAAUAACUUGUGGGUUAACUCGACGGCCAGCAACGUGUCCAGUAGCACAGUACGGAAUCCUGCAGCGAUCGUAUUCGGCCGUUACGAGGUCGAGACUUGGUACUCGAGUCCGUUCCCUCAGGAGUACGCGCGACUACCUAAACUGUUCUUUUGCGAGUUUUGUCUCAAGUACACGAAAAGCCGAGCGGUGCUUGACAGGCAUAUGGAUAAAUGUCAAUGGAGGCAUCCUCCUGCUACCGAAAUCUACAGGUGUAACGGAUUGUCCGUAUUCGAGAUCGACGGUAACGUGAACAAGAUAUAUUGUCAGAACCUAUGUCUACUGGCGAAGCUGUUCCUGGAUCACAAGACGCUUUAUUACGACGUAGAGCCGUUUCUGUUUUACGCAGUGACCAAGAACGACAAGUACGGUUGCCACUUAAUAGGAUAUUUCAGCAAAGAGAAACACUGUCCAGCUCAGAGGUACAACGUCUCUUGCAUCAUGACGCUGCCGCAGUAUCAGAGGCAAGGCUAUGGCAGGUUUCUCAUAGAGUUCAGUUACCUGUUAUCGAAGGUCGAAGGCAUUCCGGGUACGCCGGAAAAACCACUCUCGGAUCUCGGUCGUGUGUCGUAUCAUUCCUUCUGGAAAAGCGUGGUGCUCGAGUAUCUGGACUCGCAUCGGAAUAUCAAUGGCAUUAAACUCGACGAUAUCACGAAGGAGACCGGUGUAUCAGCGCACGAUAUCGCCACUGCGAUGCAACUACUAGGGUUCAUCAGGUCGGUACAGUUGUCAGGUGAAGAGGGGAACUAUAAAAUGGCUGUGGUAGUCGAUUGGGAUAAGGUGGACGCUCACAUGACGAAAGUACGAAGGAGUUCCCGUAUCAAACUGGAUCCCGACUGUCUCAGAUGGAUACCGUUGCUCACGCAGAUACCUAAUCCGUAUCAAAGUCAAGAGGAAAGCGGCGACACUAAUUCAGAAGUGUCUCCUGCGGUAGAGCCUAAGCCCGCGGCGGCGGUUGUUGAGAAGAUACAGAAAGUUAAGAUAAAAAAGAAGCCCAAAGGAAGGAGAAUGAGUCAGAGAAAAUCGUCCUUGAAACCGAAGACUCCGCAGAAGACUGCACCUCAAAAAGACACGGCCAAAGAAGAGAAGGAUGCUAAAGACUCGAGGGAAACUAAAGCGUCGAAGGAGUCGAGGGAAUCUACGAAGGAGAGCCGUAGUAAGGACGAAAGCGCGGAGAAUCGAAAAGAUGCAGAAGCGGAUGCCAAAAGCGGCACAUCGUCUACGCCGAGAAAUUCUCGCGCGGUCAGUUCGGCAAAAAAUACGACUCCGACGAGUACACCGAAAACGCAUAUAAUGACGAUGUCGAAAAGAAGGAUCAGACCGCCUAAGACAUACUUAGCUGAGUCGUCCAUCACGACGCCGUUGAGAAAACGAAAACAUUCCGAUAAGACUGAAGUCGCAGAGAAGGAAGAGACGACCAAUGUCAGAAAGAGGACGCGAGAAUCUCUGAGGGAGAGAGAUAAGGAGCGCGAUCGGGAGGCUGAGCGGGAACGCGACAAAGAGAAGGAGAAGACAAAGGACAAGGAUAAAACGAAGGAAAGUGAGUCCUCGAAGGAAACGGCAGCGGAAAAAGCAUCUCACAAGUUGGAAUCCACGAGUCGACGAGAUCAGACUCCGGUGUCUCAGAAAUCCGCGUCGAAGAAACAGUGUAAAGUGGACGAUAUCUUGUUGAAGGUAACUAGCAGGCAGACUAAGUAUAUGCAGGCGAAGCAGGCGAAAGAUAAAAAAGUGCCGGAGGAGACGCAGUGUAACGGCAGUAAGGAAGAGGCGCGAGAUUCUGCGAAGAACUCGUCGCUAUCGAGACGGGGUAGGGCCAAAGCAACGGUAGCGACAACAACGACUCCGAAUUCGACGGCGACGACUACGACGACGACAACAACGGCAACGACGACGACAACAACGGUGACGACAACGGAAACUCGGAAGAUGCCGCAAUUGACGCCGGAAACUCCUACGAAGAACAGAGCCGAGAGUCCUGUGAUACCACCUCCCUCAUUAUCUCCACCACCUGCAGAAACUGCCGUGAAAAACGGUUCCGUUCGUACCAAGCAACCGUCCGUAUCGGAUUUACCAUCGAAGCACUCGGCAGCAACCAGUAAUGGAGAUAACAAGAGUGAGAACGCCGAGGAGAACAACGGAUCGACUGUUACUAUAGAAACGGAAGUAGUUUCCGCGAGUCCUGGGGAAUACGAAGGUGGUGACGAGGACGAAGGCGAAGAGGAGGAAAUACCCGCGCCGAUGUCUAAACCUGUAACCAGCCAACAGCAGCAGCAGCAGCCAUCGUCGCCUGUCGCGGAGAAGCCUGUGAAGAAGAUCAUUGAGGAGGACGAGAAAGCAGCGGACGAUAAGUCGCAUGAGACGAAGAAAGAGAACGAGAGCUCAUCGCAGAAAACAGACGCGGCGGUGACGAGUCUACCGGUCGACGACGAUCAGACUGAAACUUUAAACGAAUGUGAUAAGGACUCCGAGACUGAGAAGCCUGUUCGCAGUCCGGAGACAUCGAAAACAGUACCUGAAGUUGCUUCACCAAAAGAGGAGGAAGUCGACAAAUCGGAGACUGUCAGUCUGCCGAAGAAAGACGAUCCUAAAGAGGAAUUGGUCUGCGAGACGCCGAAGGAUGCGAAGGUUGACUUGACGCGACCGAGACCGGUGGCGUCUCCCGUGACGGAGAAACGAAAUACGUGCACGCUCGCCAAUAAUACGGCGGUGAACAACACUGAAGUCGAGCCUCUAACGCCGCAAGAGAAGGCGUUACCCGUGACAUUGGAGCAGCAGGAUACUACACUGCAGUUGCAAACUCAGACGGAGGAGUUGAAGCAGCAUUCACCCGAAAGCGGUAAGACGACGCCGCACUUGGAUAAUCCAGGCUCGGUGAAACGAACGCCACCGUCGCAGCCGGAUCUGCCGUCUAUGGGAGUGUACACACCAGACUCUACCACCAAUUCCGUACACUCGCUGCAUUACGGCCAAUGCGAUCUUGACGUCAGCCAAUUAGGUCUGGAGUCGCCUACUUCCAUAGCUAGUGAUCUCGCGUCGCAGAACAGCGUGGAACGACCACCCAGUGCAUUGCCGUCUAUUCCGCCGGCGGUUAGUGUACCGAUGACGGUGCCCAUGCAGAUCACUGCACCAGUAACGUCGUCGUCAUCGUCGUCGUCGUCGCCGAUGCCGGUGAAUAUACCUCCACAACAACAACAACAGCAGCAACAGCAGCAGCAGCAGCAGCAGCAGCAGCAGCAGGUACAGUAUACCGACUGCUCGAUGCCACAGCAUACGCCGCCUGCUCAUGUAGGCAUCCACCCGAUGCAUCCACAGCCACAGUCCCUCCAGCAACCGCGCACCCCGCAGUCGCACACUCCGCAGAGUAUACCGACUCAGAGUCCGCAGCCGUUGCCGCAGAGUCAUACGCCGCAGCCGUUGCCACCGCAAUCGCAUACGCCGCAAAGUAUACAGACUCAGAGCCCGCAGCCAAUGCCACAGAGUCACACGCCGCAGCCUUUGCCCCAGGCGCACACGCCGCAGCCGAUGCAGUUGUCGUUGGCGGCACAGCAAGCACAGAAUCAAAGUAUGGCGCACAGUCAGUCUCAACAGCAGGCGCAAUCUCAGCAGCAACAGUCGCAGCAGCAGUCGGCGCAUCAGCAACAGCCGUCGCAGCCACCGCAACAAUCGCAGUCACACAGCAAGAGAGCGAGCGGUUCGCAGACGACUCACAGGUCCAGGUCGACGCAGCAGAGCAGCAGCAGCAGCAGCAGCAGCAGGUCGUCACAUCGCGCUACUCCACCGGCGACACCUCAUACACAAACCUCCCAACACACGUCGCAGGGCAGUGGCGGUCACAGCAAUAGUACCGUGGCGCAUACCAGCACACACGCGGUGCCGCCACAGUAUCAGCAGUCACCGUCAUCGUCGAUGAGCGUGCCGCCGAUGCCGCCUCACCCUCACUCGCACACCGCCGCCGCGGCCGCGCACGCCGCGCAUUCGCACAACAUGGCGGUGAUCUCGCAGGGUAAUUACAUGGCGGUGGCAGGUUCGCAGGGCUUUCCUGCACAGAACACCUACGUGAUCCAGCAUCGCAGUGGUCGCUCGGGCGCGCCUACGCCCUGCACCACUGCCACGAAUUUCUACAUACAGACCAGCGCAAUGCCGCCGCACUCGCACACACCAGCGCCACCGUCACUAUCGGCCUCCAGCAAUCAUCAGACCACCAAUUCGUGCAGCCUCGCAAAACUGCAGCAGCUCACUAACGGUCUGGAGAUGAUACCGCCAACACCAUCGCCCGCGAUGAACCUCACGCCGCCACCGCCGAUCCCGCAUACCAUGACGCCGCCGCAGACGUCGCGGCAGCUACCGACGCCGCCGCAGGUGCCGUUGGGCUAUCCCAAGAACUACUACAACGUCAAUACCGUGCCACCUGGUACACCUGGCCCACCCAGCCGCUCCACUUCCAGGUCGUCGGCAAACGCGGCGAACAUGCCGUCGCUCACGCAAUAUCCCAGCGAGAGUCUCUAUCGACAGAGCCUUGACCCGGGUAGCGCUUGUCCGCAGAUGCAGAGCGCCGCGUCCCGCGUCAGUCCGAACGUCGCCCUCAAUACGAAUCUCAUGGCGGCCGCGCAGUACGGUUACCGAGUGGCGCAGCCGGCCACCGGCUACAUGAACCAAGCGGCGCAGCUAGGCGGCUUUAUGAACCAAGCGAGUCAACUGCCAGUUGGCGUGGUGAACGUGCCCGCGCCGUACCCGCAGGACCCGCAUCAGCAGAACCCGGCGGCAGUCUACACCACGUAUCACGGAUACAUUAACGGUGGUCUCAUGCAACCGCUGAACAGCACCAUGAGGCCGCGUUAAGUCGCUCAUCACGCGAAGUGAAGUCUCGUGGAUCUCUAGCUUCCUCGUGUGGAACAGCCCGCUGCUGGAUUUCUUCUGGCCAGUGAACAGCAGUGAGCGAGUGAGCGAGUCAACGUAUGUAACGCCUUACGCGACGACGAGUUAACGCUCUCUUUUGCACGACCUAUGGCGACGAUGCUCCACGCCUGACCUCCUAUCACGCGUUUGGUCACACAUAUGGUGAGCGCGACGCUGGACUACGCUCGUACUUCCUCCAACUACUACUUCGUUGCUUCCAUCAGCUGCUGUCGGCUGCCCGCUCUGUCCGUGAAGAGAAUGCUUUUCGACUUUCUUCUACUACAUCACACCACAGCUGGCUUUCACCACAGCAAGUUAUCCUUCUCGGGUCAGAGGCUCCCCUCUGCGGAAUCUCCGAGAUACGAAGGUGCUCUCUCUCUCUGACAAGGUCGCUUCGCGAUCGGUAGGCCGCAUUCGCGAGCGAUGAACCGAGCAACGCGCGGAUAAUCAGUGCUGGGCUGCAUGUAUUUGCGAAUAACGAGGGACGAUUUGGAGAAUGUGAUUGGUAUCGUUGUAAGAAUAGUAUUAGCAAUUGCGAUCGUUGAUACUAUUAAUGUUUAAUACUUCAUUCUGAAAUAGUAUUACCACGCGAUUUGAUGUGUCAAUUAAAUCUCGAUUAUUGGAUUCAAGGUGUCUCUCCUGAGAAGUGCCAUGAAAACGUAGCCACUGUAGACGCUUCAAGCACUGGUUUCAAUACGACGAUGCGUAGAAAAAGAAGUCAAUCGAAGUUGUUCUCUCUAUAUCCAUAUAAAUCGCAGUAAAGAUAUUCAAAUAGACUUGCAUAUCUCAUUAAUGUACGCACGCAAAAUCGUGUAAUGUCAUUCGUAAGAGUGUCGUUAUAUUCUUCCGUUAUAUCGAACGUGAAAUUGGCAUGACAAGAACUUCAAACGGAGCACAUUCUGUCUCUUUACUAACAAUUCCUAAUUCUUCAAACUCGUCAUUCGUAAAUACGUCUUGCCCGACGCUUGCUAGCAAUAGAGUAUAGGGAUUUGCGAAUUAAGAGUCGUACGUUCUUCUGCUCUUUUCCUCCGCGAUAUUUUUUAGUAUGUAUCUCAAUUGCACGCUCACUUUCAAAGAAACGGAGCGAGGUAAGAGAAAGUAGAGAAAGGAAGAAGGAUGGAAAGAAAGAGAAAGCGUGACACAUCUAUUCAGCGCAUUCUGGGACAAUGUUCCCUAAAGCGCUGAAGAAAGAGAGAAGAAAAGUAAAUAUCAUACCCUCCAUACCGUCGAUAGUGAUGGGAGUAUAGAUACAUUUUUUCUCUCCUCCGUGCUCGAUUAAGGGCUCGUAUUAAACGGAUUCUUAACUUGUCGACGAAGAUUGCACACAAGGUACAAUUUAAUCGUAAUACAAUUUAAUCGAUCGAUAACUUCUCCACAAGCAUGGGUUUUUUACUUGUGCGUUUCAAGAGAAAAGGCGAAUAAGAAUACAAACGUUACCUCGGGCGGAUUAGCUAACGAUCGGCCAAGGUAUCGCGUUCCCCUCUCCGCCACUUCACGAAUGAACGAUAUGAACGGAAAAAAAAAAAGAAAAACAAAUGUGCGGAUACCUAUUUUUUAGUAGGGCAUUCCUUCGCGAGACUACAUGUUACGUUUUGUGUAUUUAUAUAUAUAUAAAUAUAUAUAAAUAUAUUUACGAAUAAUUCUGUUUGAUAUUAUCGAUUGUUGAACAUUGUUGUUUAAGUUUUCUUCGAGGCACUCUGUACUUUAUUGUAUUAUAAACGUAAAAGGAAAAAAAAAGAAAGUAGCUACUUAUCGCUAUGGUAAUCCUCAUUGUAUUAUUGAAGGAAAAAGAAAAAUCAAUUAAUUGUCGCUGGCGUUGUCGCGUUUGAAACCGCCGGUCCCGACAGAAGAAGCAUCGCUGUUCAUCUGAUUUUUAUCAAUUGUUAAUACUAUUAUUUGCUACUCUAUUAAUUGAUUGACCAAUCGAUCGAUUAAUCAAUAAUUACUACUACUGCUCCCGCUGUCACAAGUGACGGGGUAGUGCUCGUGCAAGACACAUACGUGCUUGCAUGUAUACAUACAUACAUACAUUACAUUGCAUACGUACAUUCAUUCAUUCACUCAUUCAUUCGUUCACUCAUUCAUUUAUUCAUUCAUUCAUUACAAUACAUUGCGUUUACAUACGAGAUCGUGUCGUAUUCACACACCGAUUAUAUUUUAUUUGUCGAAUAUCGCUGAACGUUCAUUCGUUAUCUCAUUAUCAUACGUACGCGUAUGUUUUUAUUA